GUUUAUCGCCUGUUCUCAUGUCAUGAUGGUUGUACGGUGGUGAGAUUACUCCCAGAAAACACCUACAGCCAAGUAUUUUUGUUAAUAUUCGGCUUCAAAGCCAUUUUAUAUAGUAAUGAUGAAACUGUUCCCAAAGAUCAUAACUGGUCCGCUCCACGCGCAAAAUAAGGGAUCGUGCGACUGGGGAUGGCAGGGCCUUUUGGCAUAUGGUUGCCAGAAUCUAGUGACAGUUAUUGAUCCCAGAACAGUACAGGUUUUGCAAGUCCUUGAUAAGCACAAAGGUAUAGUCACUCAGGUAAAAUGGGCAAAUGAAAAUUACCAUCAUGAUUUGAAUAGCCCAUACAACUUGCGUCUUGCAUCAGCUGACUCCAUGGGCACAAUUUUAGUGUGGGAUGUUAUGCAGGGUUCCAGCAGAACAGAAUUUGCUGAUGGUAACAAGCCAGUCCAAGCCUUGGAAUGGCUGCGAAACCAGGAUGCUUCAAGAGAUCUGUUAGUGGCUCUGCAUCCUCCAUAUACAUUGAUACUGUGGAAUGCAGACACUGGUACACGGCUGUGGAAAAAAUCUUACACUGAAAUGCUUCUGUCGUUUACCUUUGACCCGUUCAACCUUAAGAAUUUAGCAUUUCUUGGACAAGACUGCAUCAUAUUUGUCAAUGAUUUUACUAUUACCAAGACACCCUCUAGCAAUGGCAAGAAAUUCUACAUAUCCAAUCCAUCAACACAAGGAAUGCCACGCAGCAGCAGCUCAGGAAGCCUUGAUAGGAAAGGAUCUGCAUCCAAAAAUCUGGCUAAACGAAUGACCCGAAUUCUUGUUGGUGAAAGCAAACCAAGUAACAAGACUGGAGCAGGAGAAGAGGAGAGUGUGGCUUUGAAUGAGUGCCUGCAGUUAAGUUUCCAUAGGUCUUGUCGGCACCACAUUCUGCUGCUGUACCCUCGAGAGAUCCUUAUCCUUGACUUGCAAAUAAACCAGACAGUUGGCAUCAUUGCCAUGGACCGCACAAGUUCUCCAUUCACACAGGUGAUAGCUUGCUGGCAGAGGGAUGUGUUAGUAUGCCUGCAUGAGAAUGGUAGCUUGUCAGUUAGAGUUCGACGUAAAACGCAUGCCAUUUCAACACCUGCUCCAGAGGGACAUGGAGCCUUUGAUGACACUCCACCUAGUGUGUCACUGGAUGUGGCCUAUGAUCUUAGAUGUCAGUCUGAUCCGCUGCGUGUCACACGCCACAAUCGUGUCAGUGCUGCUGCCAUGUGCCCAGCAUCAGAGAAGAGCGUGGCUCUUGUGAUGAGUGACAGCAGAGUUAUUUUCUGGGAGCUUAAAACAUCAGAGCACCUGGCAUGCAACAGUACACAGGCAGCAAGCCCUCUGCAUUCUCCUGGCAGCAUUAAUAUGGACAGUAUUACCUCUGAAGAUGUGAAAGCAAUUACUUUUCCUAUCCUGAGCAACAUACCACGGCCUGUGCAGGGGCUGUCAGACAUGAUAGCCACUUCAAUUGGUGAUGCUGGAGGCCGGCAAGGCCAAAGUGUGCAGCUCAAAUUUUUGAUGACUGGACUUCUGAAUGGCAUUUCUUCCCACAUCACAGCUAUCCGCAUGUGUCCACCUAUGACCAACAAGAACUGGGACAUUUAUGAACCUAUCCUUGCACUUGGCACUUACAGUGGAACAGUACAACUGGCCAAUGCUGCUAGUGGCCAUAUUGAGCGUGAAUAUAGCCUCCACUCUAGCACUGUGAGGGGCAUAGAGUGGACUUCUCUUAAGCAUUUUAUAUCCCAUGCAUUUCCCAACCCAGGCCCCAGUGGCCUGGUCCGCAAUGAAGUACUUUUUGUUGACACUAUUUCAGGAAGACAAACUCAGCUGCGAGCUAACAAAGAUGAAGAAACACCCAUAGAACAACUUCAAGUUUCACACCUUAAACAGUACUUUGUCAUCACCUUUAAAGACAAACCACUAGAGCUAUGGGACCUGAGAUCACAGACCAUUAUUCGAGAACUUCCACGCAGUUUUCCUCGUCCAACAUCAAUGGCAUGGUCGCCAUCACACAGUCUCAAGACCCUGAAGAAGAGACUGCUUGACAGCAGUGUUGAAGAGAAAUCCCCUCUCCAGAAACUGGCUGAUGAGAAAGAGGCAACACAAAGUGGGUCACAGUCAACAGACAAUUUGGAUACUGGCACUGGAAAGGAAAAAAAGAAUCAGGCAAAAGUGCCAGUGAGAGAGCAUUUUGUCAUGACAGACAAAGAUUGUACUGUGUUCCACUUUAUUGUAGAGGGCAACGCUAUAUCUGAUGUCACCAAAAUACCUCCAGAGAGUGGACUUGGGCGGAUAACUUCGAUGGCCUGGAAGGGAGACUUCCUGGUAUUUGGUGAUGCAGAGGGUGUUCAGUGUCUUUGGGAUCUAAAAGCAAAGGUCUCCAGAACCACACCAACUAAUCGUGGCUGGAUUAAGAAGAUACGGUUUGCUCCAGGACGGGAAAACAUGAAGUUCUUUACACUUCACAAUGAUGGAGUUAUGAUCUGGGAUAUCACGACGGAAGGGAAGGCAGAGAUUCUGCACACUAUCAAGAGCCCAAAGGAGAUCUCCAAGGUGGUAGACUGUGAGUGGGCUGGAUCGGACCGCCCUGCAAUAGUCACUGCCAACAGUUGCCUGCAUAUUAUGACUCUGGAUAUGCGGUCAUCAUCCUCAAGUAUUGACAACUGGGAGCUGGCAGAACCAGUCCUGUGCCCUUACCUGUUAAGCAGCAAGGGUGCUGGCUUGCUCAAGUCCCUCUUGCAGCAUCAGGUCUGGCAGCAGGAGUACUCCUUCACUCUCACUGACCUUCGAGAGGAAGACAGGGACUUGCAGAAUACCAUCAGCUCACAAAUGGCCUUGCUGGACAGCUCUUUAAAGGCUUAUCUUUCCAAGUGCCAGUUUGGAACUGCAGAACGAUGCUUAAUUGUUGCAAGACUCUUUGGAGAUGAGGCUGAAGUUCAUUUUUGGACUGUUGCUCUGCAUUACCUUCGGAUCUAUUGGUCAAGGUCCUCAGCCAAGGAUAUAAGUGCUUCUACAGCUCAGUGGGAGGGGGGUGAUCGCUAUAUCCCACCUACUCCCAGCUAUCAGGAAGCCAGUGACCUUGUAGUACUUAUGGACUCGGAAGAUGAACAAAAACGAAAACGGAUCUCUGUUUUGUUUGAGGAUCAACCACUUGAGCGCUGCUAUGAUGCUUUAUGUGACAACCAGAGCUAUAAGAAGUAUCAGCUGGAUCGAGUGGCUCUGCAUGACAGCAAACGAGCCACCUAUGACCACACACAGAAGUGUGCAGAGAACUACAUAAUGCUUGGACAGACUGAUCGUGCAGUACAACUUUUGCUGGAGACAGAAGCAGAAAAUGAGUCCUACUACAUUGAUUCUCUCAGGGCCUGCCUUGUAGCAAGUGUCAGGUCAUCGGGUGCAUCACAGAGCACAAUGAAGCUUGUGGGCACAAAUCUGAUUGCCAGUGGUCGCCUAGCAGAGGGGGUGCAGCUGCUUUGUCUAAUUGACAAGGGGCUGGAUGCUUGUCGCUACCUGCAAACGUAUGGAUCAUGGGACCAAGCAGUGUGGCUAGCCAAGUCCACUUUGGACUUCAACGAAUGCAAUGAAGUGAUGAAACGCUGGGCUGAUCAUCUGUGCACAGCACAAGUUAAUCAAAAGAGUAAGGCCCUGCUGGUGAUGCUAUCUCUGGGACAGUUUCACAAAGUGGUGGAGAUGCUGUAUAGCAUGCGCUGUUUUGAUCGAGCUGCUUGCUUCAUCGAGGCUUGUAUAGAGUUUGGUGUCCUUGCAAAGACUAAUGAUACAGGUCCUCUGUUUGAAGCUGUUUUCCUGGAAUAUGCUCGUUACCUCAUCAACCUUGGCCAUGGAAAGGGAGCUAGCCAUUACUGUUCACAGGCAGGGGAGAAGGGGUCUCAGCUGCAUCAGGAAGUCUGCAUUCUUUUUGGCUAAAGCCUAAACAGAUGAAGUGUUAUUCUUAAAUAUCUCUUCACAAGGAAAACAGUUGACGAGUCCAGUGUACAGAAAUACUACAAGCAUUUGUGUGUGUCUACAUAUGUGCAAGCACAUAUACAGUUGGGUUGUACAUAUUUUUCUGAACUCAAAUGUUGGACAGAUUUAUUUCAAAUGUGAUUUGACUCUGGUUGAACCUGAGUGAAAUAUUUAUGAAUGCAAGGAAUAAAUAUUUAUUAAUUGGUGAGUUUGCUUUAAGUUUCUAUGAAUUUUGAAUUUUCCCUUUAACUCCACCAAAAAGGCAAUAGCCUUCAUUUUGAGACAUGCUUGUCAGCAAGUCUGCAGCAUAGAUUUUCAUCUGAAGGAUGUUAAAUUAUUAAACAUUUUAAAUGAAAGGUCUGCUGAUCAUACUGAGACAAAUCUUUGUUGUUAAGACUUUAGUAAAAGGGAGGACUUGUUUUUAGUCUUGUGAUGAUUCGACUUCCAAUGAUGCAUUUAGAAAUGUUGUAGUGUAUAUGUUUAGUCUAUAAAUAACAAAUUGGCACCCGGUAUGUUUGAUGAUUUAGAUCCCUGUUAUUCAGUAAAUGUAAAUUUACAGACUGACGAGCAGUUUUAUUUUAUCCUUGUUUGUGGACAAACAUCAUGGUAUUCCAAGUAAGGGAAAAGGACAAUUUUAUUGCCCUUCCAGUCAAAGAAAGCUGGGUCAUAUUUCAACUAAAAAACAUGUUGGUGUUGAUGAUGAUGUAAUAUUGUAACAGACAAGUAUUUAUGGUGAAGAUGCUCAUUGUGCACUAGAAGGAACUGGAUGAACAACCAAAACGACAGGUCAGUACAAAGGGAAAGGGGGACACCAUGAGGAGAAGAAAGGCAGGGGGUUCGCUGGGGGUUAAACAGGUGUAUCUUCAGCCAGCCACUUAUUAAAGACUUUUGCAGACUGCAUGCUUCAGCAGAGUCCAUAGCUGAGGAACUGCAUUCUGGAAUGGCCUGGUUCCCCAGAUAGACAAAACCAGGACUGCAAGGAUAAGUAGAGACAGCAAACACAUUCAUUUACAGAUUGCAAGGCGAGGUGGAGACAAAAAAUUCAUUAACGGGACUGAACUGAAAGGCUAAGGGGAGAGAGCAAACUUGUUUAUUCAAAAAACUGUGUUUUCAAGUGGAGACAACAAGACUGCACAAUCUUCUACAAAGACUAUGUUAAGGACAAAGGAUUUAAUAAAAAAUUCAAAAGUUUGAGCUGUCAAAUAUUGGGAGUGGGUCCUGUGACUCACAUUUAUGUUAUCAGACAGUUUAUGUCACCUCAUCACCAAUCCUAAGUAUUCUGCUUGUUCCUUCCAGUUUCUGUCUAGUUGCCUCCUGGAUUUUAAAGUAGUGCAACUGCCAGUGAAAAUACAAGAUGAAUGAGAAAAUGAUCAGCCAAAAAAUAAAAAUCUGAUGUUUUGGAGUGACUGCAAAUAACAUUGUGAAAGAUAAUUAUGACAGCUGGAAUUGAAAUUGAGAUGAAAUGAAUUUUCAUUUGAUUUUUAAGACCACUGCCUUGUUUAUAUUUAUGAAUUUUUGUAUAUGUCAUUGACCACUGUCGUUGAAGACAAACUUUGCAUAUAAAAGGACACUGAGAGUUGGGACCAUUGGCAAUUGAUGUAAAUUAUCUGUUCAUGAAUGCUAUUUCAAAACAAUAUAUCAAUUAUGUACAGUGUCGGUUAAGAAUAAAUUGACUGCAUGAAAAAACAAAUUUCUUAUCCAAUUGAAA